UGCGCAUAGGAGUGAACAGGCCGUGCCCGGAGCAGCACCACCAUUGUUCCAUCUGCCUGUUUUCUUCUUUCUGCCCAAAAAAAGCAUCCAUCGCAGCCCGUGGGACUCGCCGGGCCGACUUUGGUUGAUCGCAGCAAGAAGUCCUGUCUUGCAAGAUGCUGGCCCUGCGAGCCGCACGCAUUUUGGCGAGGAAUUCGCUCGUCUCGGCCAGGGGUCAGCCUGUCCGGUUGAUCUCGACCUCGAAGAAAAACAGCGAAACAACCACGAUUUCGGACGUCCUGGAGAAGAGCGAGGCCAAAGCCGGUGUAGAAGUCAAGAAGAAGAAUUGGGUGACUUACGGAUUUGAUUAUCAUGACGAGUGGGAGGACAGGUACUUUGCGCAUUCGUUCCUUUUCUGCUCCGUCUCCAUCGCCUUAGUUUUUGGAACCUUCUUCCUGGCCUACUACCCUGACUGGGGAUACUUUGACUGGGCGCAGAGAGAAGCUUACCUGGAGCUCAGAAGGCGAGAGGCUGAAGGAUUGCCCGCAAUUGAUUGCAAUUACGUCGACCCUUCAAAAAUUGUCCUGCCUUCUGACGAGGAUCUUGCACAGAUUGACAUCGUCAUCUAAAUUUUCUCUCGGGUCGGUAGAAAUGUCAUUUUUGUUAUUUAAAAAUGAGAAAGAAAAUUCAAGCAAGUUUCGCUAUAGUGAUUGCCUUCUUAGGAAGGCUAGGCUAAGAAAUUGUAUAAUUUUUUUUUGGAAGGAGUAAAUGACAUUUAAAUAUUUAUAAUAAAUAAAAAAGUCAAUCCUGUAUCGAAACUUGGAUGGUUUGGUUCUUGAUAAGGUGACCAUUGUAAUGUAAAUAAAAUGUUGGAAGAAAUAUAA